AUGUCGCAAGCUUGCAGUCGCAAAUUAGCGACUGCUGUAGCUUCAAGAAUCUAUACAAAACAACGACGAAAUUUAAGAAAAACUAUUUCGAAUCAUACUAUUAUUGCUGCUACAUCAUUUUUAUCUAAAAAAUAUGAUCUUCUGCCAUGUUUUUGUGAACAUGAUCCAAUACGAAUAACAAAACGUUGUCAAGCAUUAAAUUUAUCUAAAUCAUCAAAUGCAUUUUGGCAUCGAAAAAGUAAAUCGAAAGUAAAAUUAGUUAGUGAAGAACAACAACGAAAUAAUUCAACUGCAUUUGAAAAUCAACAAGCAAAAUCCUCACAUUCUCGUAAUUUUCAAACAUUUAGAAAAUCUAUUAUUCAACGAUUUAAACGCAAUAAUAAACAAAAAAUGCCGACAAUCACAGCUCGAUCGGUCAUACAUAAACGUACAAAUACCUAUCCUAUCAAACAUAGGAAUAAUGCAGAUCAUUCUCUUGUUGAUUCUUCGAAUCCUGUGGAAACGAAUUUUGAUCAACCUUCAUCAACUCGAGAUGAUAGUCAACAUUCUUCGUAUGAUUCUUAUCAGCUUAUUUUACAGGAUAAUUCCAAUGAUACUAAUAAUAAAGAAGAGAAAAAUGAUACAUUAGAACUACCUCUAUCAUCAUUGCAAACCGAACAACAAAAUAUCAAUGCAACGAACAAAAUAAGUCAAACUAUACAAGAAACAUCUCAAACAAUUAUGAAUGAUCUUGAUUCAUCAAGAAAAGCAAAACAAACUGCGGUCAUUUCUCAAAAACAACACUCUAAUAAGACACGAAAUGUAUCGACUCGUACAACUACUGGUUUAUCAAAAGGAAAAACAUCAAGUAAACGAAAGCGUAUUUCAAAACCAAAAAUGUCAUCAAAAAUAUCUUUAUCAAAGAAAAAAAUUAUCACAACAUCAAAACCUAAGAAUAUUACAGCUUCUUUAUCAGUUAUUGGAUCGACAACAAAUGUCAAACGAACAACUUAUGAACGUAGUCCUUUUUCUAAUCCAAAUAUAUUUCAUUCUAUGCCACGAAUGCAAAAUUCAGAUGAAAUAACCAAAGAUAAUGUGUAUGAAAAUCAUCUAUGUUGUAAACCAAUUACAUCUGUUAAAGGUUUAUCAAUAGAUGAUAAAAAAAAAUUAAUUGAACAUGAUUAUUUAACAUUAAUAUCUUUAUUACCAAUUUAUCUUGAUUCACAAGGCAAUUUUCAACAUAAGAUUCGUGAAAAAACUAAUAUAAGUCAUGAUAGUGCUGUAGAACUCGAUCGUUUAAUGAAUGAAUGGGGUUCAGCACGAUUAUUUAUUGGUGCUAAUAGUCCCUACAAAACAUUAUCACAAAAUGUAUGA